AUGGGAGACCUUCACCACCAAGCUCCCCAAGAACCAAUAAUCCAAGACCUCAAAGUGUCAAUCCAAGACUCAUCCCUCAUAAUCCCACCGCACCAAACACAUGAUAACAACAACCAAAAUAAGUCCAUCUUCUUGUCAAACAUUGACCAAGUCCUCAAUUUCCAUGUCCAGACGCUGCACUUCUUCCAAGCCAACCCCGAUUUCCCGCCGGAAACCGCGGCUGCUAGCCUGAAGAACGGGCUGGAGAAACUGAUGGCCGGGCCUUACGACUUCUUGGCCGGACGGCUGAAGCCCAAUCACCAAACGGGCCGGCUUGAGAUCGAGUGCAACGGGAUGGGGGCCGGGUUCGUGGUGGCAUCCAGCGAGUAUUCUCUAGAUGAGAUUGGGGAUUUAGUCUAUCCUAAUCCGGGCUUCAUGCAGCUUAUUGUCCCCGGAUUGGAAAAGUUCCUUGAUCAGCCACUUGGAGUUUUCCAGGUCACAUCAUUCAAGUGUGGCAGUUUCGCAUUAGGAGUCUCCACCAACCACAUCUUAUUCGACGGCAUGAGCUUCAAAACCUUCCUCCAAAACCUCGCUUCCCAAUCACUCCCCGACGACCGACCCUUAGCCGCCGUCCCGUGCAACGAUCGCCGCCUCCUCGCCGCCAGGUCGCCUCCACGUGUCACGUUCCCCCACCCGGAGCUUCAAAAACUCGACCUCCUCGACGAACAAAACGAUCCUCCCCCGGUGUUCAACUGCAGCCAGGCCGACCUCGACUUCCGCAUCUUCCACCUAUCCCCCGACAACAUCAGCCGCCUCAAAACCAAAGCCGGCCCCACUAAAGCCACCGGCUUCAACGCAGUGGCCGCGCUCGUUUGGCGGUGCAAGGCCCUCUCGUCAAUGUCCCACGAUCGGGAGUCGGUCAUUCUGUAUGCAGUGGACAUCCGGCAGAGACUCGUCCCGCCUCUACCGGCUGCCUACUGCGGCAAUGCUGUGCUGAGCGCGCACGCGUCUGCCAGCUGCCCAGAGUUGGCGGACGAGGCGUUCGGGGAGACGGUGAGACGGGUGGCGGCGGGGGCCGCCAGGAUGACGGACGAGUACGCGAGGUCGGUUAUCGACUGGGGAGAGCUGCACAAAGGGUUCCCACACGGGGAGUUUCUGAUCUCGUCGUGGUGGAGGCUAGGGUUCGAUGAGGUGGGAUACCCGUGGGGGAUGGCUAAGUAUAGUUGCCCAGUGGUGUAUCCGAGGAAGGAUAUCGUUCUGUUGUUUCCAGAGAUGCGUGUCGGGGAUGGUGGGAGUAGCGGCGGGGGUGGUGGAGUUAACGUGCUUGCGGCAUUGCCACCGGAUGAGAUGGAGAAGUUUAGUAGCUUAUUUCAUGAAUAUAUUUCGGGAUGA